AUAAUUAUUUAUUUUUAUGACCAUUUUUUAAGAGAUCUUCAUUUUUUAUAAAUAGGAGAUCUGAAAAAGUUAUUUUCUUUUAUGUAAAUUGUAAGAGGCCAAAAAAUUUUAUUUGCUCCUCUACGUUAGGUUGUUAGUCGAAUCAAAACCUAAUCUGAUUCCUCUUUUUGUAUCUGUGAUAGGCUAUGAAUUUAAGAUGGUUUUUACGUAUUUGGUGGGCAAAAUAAAGAAUGCAUAAAAUUGGUGGGUGACUUGAACAGUAAAAGAAAAGUGAUUGGGGGGAGAAUUGUAAAUAUAAAGUAUUUUGUUAUAAGCAGAAGAGAAAACAAAAGCCCUGUGGAAGUGGAAGGUUAGGCGGUGCCGGAUUUCGUCAUCACAGUCCUCUCAUUGAGGAAGGAAUAGGAGCUGGGUUUUCCUUGUUCCAGUUGCUUGAAUGGCGACAAUAGCUUCUGGUGCUUUGGUUACUCUAGAAGAGCUGGCUCCGUCUUUGCCACACUUUAAGCAUGGCAUCUCUCUUCGAAUAACUGGAAAGCUCCAAGAUUAUGAUGUGGAGACUGCUAUUGCUGUGAUCGUUGAUAGAAAUGCAUCAUUAAAAGUUGACACACAGCACUUGAAUCUCAAUCUUCGCAUUGGUUCCAUCUUCCAGUUUAUUGGGGAAUUGCUUCUUGAACCUGAUCAGGAGGCAAUUCUGAAGGCACGAGUUGGACGAAAUGUAGAUGGAAUGGAUCUCAAUCUCUAUCGUCAAUCUCUGCAGCUCUUGAGAGAUUUUCAAGCUGGUCGUUGAAUAGUUACACCCCUUACUUACACCCCUUACUGAAGGAAUUAUCAUUGAAAAUUUACCAAGAGUAAGUAGCUAGAUACCAUUUUGGAAACAUAGUAAAGGGCAUUCUUGUCAUAUUCAUGGGAUUUACUCUUUAAGAUUAUGCCGGGCUAGUAGUCAUACAGCAUGAUGUUGCACAGCUAGAAAAAAUGUGUUCCUGAAAGGCAUUCUUAUACAAUUUGCAAAAUGCAGUCUUCUUUUUAUCUCU